AUGAGUGCUUCCUAUUCACAAGAGCCAUAUCGACCGGUAGGUCCAGGAGCGUACGCCGCAGCUCCAAUGCACCCUCAGUACAACCCCAUGCCGGUAUCGAGACCUCCUAUGCCUGAUUCUCUGAAUCAACCUUCAGAUGCAUUGGCCUCAUUAGCCCCAGGCACACAACCAACGACGACUGGCCCAGAGGUUCGAUCAUGUGUGGAAAAGGGUUGGAAAUAUGAAUUACUAGUGGUCCAACAACCACAACGUGCUCGUAUGUGUGGAUUUGGCGACAAGGAUCGACGCCCAAUUACCCCUCCACCCUGUGUCCGGCUAAUUAUCACCGAUGUUAAUACUGGGAAAGAGUGUGAUGUCAAUGAUAUCGAUCACGGAAUGUUCGUUCUCAAUGUCGAUCUCUGGGAUGCCCAUGGAAGUCGAGAGGUCAAUUUAGUGCGCCACUCUCAGACAUCUCCAUCCAUAUCAAUGACAACAGCGGUAUCAUAUGCACAUGUUGAACAUGGAAGUCAUACAGCCUUUUCACAUAUUCUGCCAGGAGCAGGAAAUCCACAAAUCAAGUUUGAACAUGGAGCUGGACCAAGUUAUGCUCAACCACCAACAUAUCCAAAUCCCUACGGAGCUGCCCCAAUCAAUCCAUAUACUCAACCACCUUCACCUCAGCAGACUUAUGGAGGCCAAUCAUAUCAUCCUGCUUACGCACCAGUCACAACUGCACCACAUUACGCACCGCAAAACGGAUACGCUCAACCAGGAGCACCACCCCCAAAUAUGUAUUAUCCUGGCCAGCCAAUGCAUCCUCAACAGCAACUUGACUUUACACCGGUCAGUCAAGCUCUUCCAUCUCAAAAUCCCAUGGGCGGUUAUGGAGGCCGGCCGGGAUAUCCUCCUCAAGAUAUGGUCCAACGUAUACCGAGGGUAGAGCCUCCAAGCGGAAUGUUUACAAGAAAUCUCAUCGGAAGCUUGGCAGCUAGUGCUUUCAGAUUGACUGAUCCUGAUGACCGCAUCGGAAUUUGGUUUGUUCUACAAGAUUUAUCCGUCCGUACAGAGGGUACCUUCAGACUUAAAUUUUCAUUCGUCAACGUUGGAGUUCCAUCGCCACCAACAUCAGCUGGCGGAUCUGGCUCCAAUGGAACCCAGCCAGUGACCCAAGUCAACACAGGAAAGGCGCCUGUUCUUGCGGCUUGUUAUUCCGACUCCUUCACUGUAUAUUCAGCAAAACGCUUCCCAGGUGUCGUUGAAAGUACCGGUUUGAGUAAGUGUUUUGCCACCCAGGGUAUUAAAAUACCCAUUCGCAAGGAUGGGCAGGCAACUGGACGACAAAGUGAGCGGGAUAAGGAGUACGACGAGGACUAG